AUGUUCCUUCGUUCGCUCCUUUCUCGCAUUCUUGCGCUGCUUCUCCCGCUCGCUCUCUCCGCUACAGUCUACCUCUACCUUUACCCCGUCUUCAACGGCUGUGCGUUCCCCCUGCCUCGAUCGAAGUCGCCAAUAGCAGGAGAUCGUUCCUUCCUCGAGCCCUUACGGCAAAACCCUUCCGCCAACACCCUCCUACAACACCUCCGAGCCUCAGACUCCGCGGCGAACACCCAGCCAGCACUCUUCCGUCUCCUAGUCCUCGCAGACCCUCAGCUCGAGGGAGACACGUCUCUGCCUUUGCCGGAGUGGAAACUAGCCGCGCGUGCACGCAAACAUUGGCAGGAUGUACAGGAUGCGGUGGAGGAUGCCUCAGCUACUACGCCCUUUCCAAGGUCUCUCCUGAACCCGGAGGUUCUCUCCAGUUUCACCUCAGGGCUACGGGAUCUUAUAAGCGAGGAUAUCCCACGAUCACUUCGGGCAGUUCAAAAGCGCGUCGACCUACUGGGUAACGACUACUACCUCGCGCACAUCUACCGCACCUUGUUCUGGUGGACUCGACCCACGCAUACGACCGUGCUGGGAGAUCUUCUGGGAAGCCAGUGGAUCGACGACGACGAAUUCUCCUGGCGUAGCGAACGCUAUUGGACCCGUGUUUUCCGUGGUGGAGAAAGGGUUGACGACAAGAUCACGAGAACGGGAGCCGUUGCGGGCGACAUCGUCGAGAAGCAGGAACUCGAGCCCCUGGGACCGAACUCCGACCCUGCUUGGCCUCGACGAGUGAUAAAUAUCGCGGGGAACCACGAUAUCGGCUACGCAGGCGAUGCUAGCGAAUCGCGGAUGGAGCGUUUUGAGCGCGAGUUUGGCCGUGCCAAUUGGGAUAUUCGCUUCCAGCACCCUCCCAUCGUUCCUGGGUCUAAUGGAUCGGAGGUUGCAGCUGAGACUGAUAAGUCGGUCAUUACUCCAACUCUGCAUCUGAUUAACCUCAACACCCUUAUAUUCGACACUCCAGCCUUGUCUGAGGCCGCUCAGUCUCAUAGUUACACUUAUCUCAACGACCUUAUUAGCAAGCGCCUCUACCCAGUUGAGGACCGGUCUACGUUUACUCUCCUCCUCACACACUUGCCUUUGCACAAGAAGGAAGGAGUCUGCACCGAUGGGCCAUAUUUCACGUUCCAUGAAGAAGAUGAUGAGGAUGGACCUGAUGGCAUCCCGCGCUGGAAGGAAGGUGGAUUGAGGGAGCAGAACCAUUUGAGUGACUUUAUCAGUGCAUCGGGGAUAUUGGAGGGCAUCUUUGGCAUGACUGGCAAUGUGAAUGCCUUUGGUGGUGGCCAAGGUCGGAAAGGACUCAUUCUCACGGGCCAUGACCACACUGGCUGUGAUGCCGUCCAUUUUGUCAACCACACCAAUGAAGUCGAGGAAAAGAAACAGGAAGAGGACACUUCCGAUGAUACUCCCUCGCAGAGCUGGAAGUGGGCUGCAAAGAGAUAUAAUGAGUCCAAUGUGCCGUCAGAAACUCCAUCUAUCCGCGAAGUCACACUUCGGUCGAUGAUGGGGGGAGUUUGGUGGAAACGCCGGGCUUCUGUCAGCUUGCAUGUUUGGUGGGCUGUGCAUGUUCUCGCUCUCGUCACGCUGAUUGUUAGUUUGCUUUGGGUGGUGGUCCAGUUGACUGGAUCCGUUAAAGCGUCUACAAAGGAUGCAGUGCAGAUAGGCUCAAGUCCGAUGCAGAAGGACCAGAGUCCUGCGCAAAAUAUACCCAAACAGGAGAAGCAGGAAAAGACGAUGGAGUGA